ACCUCUUUUGGGCUUUGAUUCAUUCUGAUUUUUGGUAUUUAUUCCUAGUCUUUUACUGCAGGAGCAGGUGAAGUACCAACGAGGUUUUCCUACAAUCUUUAUUGUAUCAAACAUCUCAGCAUAUCGAGUAUAUAUCUGUCUGACUCGGAUGAGGUUUCAUAUGCUCUUUUCUUGAUAAGAAGCUUCCCCAAUUUACAAUCUAUGGAAAUUAAGGUGGAGUCUGAUGACAAUGAUAUACCACCUCUCGAAUCUCUUGAAGUGGAGCGCUUUUCAUAUGUGACAUUUAAUCACCUCAGGGAAGUUAAGCUAAUGCAAAGUAAUGGCACAAUCCCUGAAAAACAGCUUAUUAAGCUUCUGUUGGCCAAGUCCCCUGAACUGUUGAAAAUGCUAAUUGAGCCAUGUCUAGUUGAAGAAUCUGAAACAGUCCAAAUCCUCACAGAGCUAACAAGAUUUCAGCGAGCAUCACCCAAUGCAGAAGUUGUAUAUAAGUUGGAUAAGCAUCCAAAUCCCCGUCCUGUUUCCGUUUCAUUUGUACGAAUGUUUUCAGAAGUUGAUGAGAAUUGA